AUGAAAGGUGUAGUAUUUGAACAAGUAGGCGCCAACCCCAAACUUGUUCAUGACCUCGAAGUCCCAUCUCCAGGGCCUGGUCAGGUCUUGGUCAAACCAAUAUGGAUGGCGAUCAACCCUGUUGACGCCUUUAUGAGCAAAUUUGGACUCUUGGUUGUGGAUUGGCCGCUGGGACUUGGCUGCGACUCUGCUGGUGUCGUCACCGACUCAGGAAAUGAGGCCACCGAGAAAUAUGGUCUCAAGGCGGGCGAUGCUGUUUUUGGCUGCACUAGGCUCGGAGUCAAGGGUUACGCCGCCGCUCAAGAGUUUCAUCUUUUUGACGCUCAAGUGGUCUUUCCCAAGCCCGACAAGAUCACCUUCCAGGAGGCGGCCACUUUGGGUGUGGCUAGCUUGACUGCGGCCUUGGGUCUGUUUAAUGGGUUGCAUAUUCCCGUCCCUGACCCCAAGAACCUGCCCAAAGCGCAGGACCAGUGGCUCAUUGUUCUUGGAGGAGCAAGCAGCGUCGGAAAGGUCGCUAUCCAGCUAGCUCAAGCGGCUGGCUACAAUGUCAUCGCCUCUAGCUCACCUGGAUCAGCAGAGAUCAUCAGCAGUUUGGGCGCGGUCCCUUUCAACUACAAGGACUCUCCUGAGCAACAAGUCAAGGAGGUCUUGAAAGUCACGUCUGGAAACUUCUCGCGCCUGUAUGAUGCCGUCGCUAACGACGACCUGACCGUUGUCACACGUUUGUUCGAAGCAAGCACCUUUCCGGACAAGUACUUUACCACAACCAACGACUGGAACCCUACCAUUAAAGACUUUUCGGGAGCCAAGACUGACAUGAUCGCUCUCGGCGCAAUAGGUAGGCCAGAAGCCGAGGAGCUCAACGCAAAGCUGGAGCAAUACAUUCCUUGCAUUAUUGGGCUGAUCGAGAGUGGCAAGCUGACACCGUCCGAGUAUCAGGCGAUUGGCGAUGGGGGGUUCGAAGAUGCCAUUGCUGCAUAUCACCACCAGACAUCUGGCGCAGGAGGUUCACGAAAGGUCCUAGUCAAACUUCACGACCCAUGAGACGUCUGUGAGGAAACGAAUCAGCUGGACCCGGAGAAGGAUAUGCUAGGGAAUUUUGUGUAGACAAGGUCGAGAUAUCGUGCCUUGUAUCGCUUGGAAGAAAUCCUUCUGUUCACCAUCUGUAGAGUAGAAAAGCCUGCUGCCUUGUCCAUCGCAGAUCAGUACAAUGUAAC